UCGGCCCGGAAUGUAGAGACCCGGGUGGGAGCCUCCCGGCGGCGGCUGCCGGGCUGCCGAGCGCGGAGGCUCCGUCACGUGUUUUUCUCCUCCGAGUGAGACGGCGGCGCGGUCGGAGGGGGCCGGCGCGCAGAGCCAGACGCCGCCGCUUGUUUUGGUUGGGGCUCUCGGCAACUCUCCGAGGAGGAGGAGGAGGAGGGAGGAGGAGAGAAGUAACUGCAGCGGCAGCGCCUCCCGAGGAACAGGCGUCUUCCCCGAACCCUUCCCAAACCGCCCCCAUCGCCUCUCGCCCUUGUUCCCUCCCCUCCUCCCCAGCCGCCUGGAGCGAGGGGCAGGGAUGAGCCUGUCCCUCCGGCCGGUCCCCAGCUGCACUGGCUGCCCAGUAGCGUUUCGCAUGGAAAAGCCACUUUCUCCGCCCGCCGAGAUGGGCCCGGAUGGGGGCUGCAGAGGACGCGCCCGCGGGCGGCGGCAGCAGCAGCAGCAGCAACAGCAACAGCCGCAGCGCCGCGGUCUCUGCGAUUGAGCUGGUAUUUGGGCGGCUGGUGGCGGCUGGGACGGUUGGGGGGUGGGAGGAGGCGAAGGAGGAGGAGGAGGGAGAACCCUGUGCAACGUUGGGACUUGGCAACCCGCCUCCCCCUGCCCAAGGAUAUUUAAUUUGCCUCGGGAAUCGCUACUUCCAGAGGGGAACUCAGGAGGGAAGGCGCGCGCGCGCGCGCUCCUGGAGGGGCACCGCAGGGACCCCCGACUGUCGCCUCCCUGAGCCGGACUCCAGCCGGGGCUACGAGAGAUGCAUCUUCGUUCCUUCCUGGUGGUGGCGGCGGCUGAGAGGAGACUUGGCUCUCGGAGAAUCGGGGCUGCCCUCACCCCGGACGCACUGCCUCCCUGCCGGGCGUGAAGCGCCCAAAAACUCCGGUCGGGCUCUCUCCUUGGCUCAGCAGCUGCGUCCUCCUUCAGCUGCCCCUCCCCGGCGCGGGGGGCGGCGUGGAUUUCGGAGUCGGGGUUUCUGCUGCCUCCAGCCCUGUUUGCAUGUGCGGGGCCGCGGCGAGGAGCCUCCGCCCCCCACCCGGUUGUUUUUCGGCGCCUCCCUCUGCUCAGCGGCGGUGGUGGCGGUGGCAGCAUGGCGAGCCCUCCGGAGAGCGAUGGCUUCUCGGACGUGCGCAAGGUGGGCUACCUGCGCAAACCCAAGAGCAUGCACAAACGCUUCUUCGUACUGCGCGCGGCCAGCGAGGCUGGGGGCCCGGCGCGCCUCGAGUACUACGAGAACGAGAAGAAGUGGCGGCACAAGUCGAGCGCCCCCAAACGCUCGAUCCCCCUUGAGAGCUGCUUCAACAUCAACAAGCGGGCUGACUCCAAGAACAAGCACCUGGUGGCUCUCUACACCCGGGACGAGCACUUUGCCAUCGCGGCGGACAGCGAGGCCGAGCAAGACAGCUGGUACCAGGCUCUCCUACAGCUGCACAACCGUGCUAAGGGCCACCACGACGGAGCUGGGGCCCUCGGGGCGGGAGGUGGCGGGGGCAGCUGCAGCGGCAGCUCCGGCCUUGGUGAGGCUGGGGAGGACUUGAGCUACGGUGACGUGCCCCCAGGACCCGCAUUCAAAGAGGUCUGGCAGGUGAUCCUGAAGCCCAAGGGCCUGGGUCAGACAAAGAACCUGAUUGGUAUCUACCGCCUCUGCCUGACCAGCAAGACCAUCAGCUUCGUGAAGCUGAACUCGGAGGCAGCCGCCGUGGUGCUGCAGCUGAUGAACAUCAGGCGCUGUGGCCACUCGGAGAACUUCUUCUUCAUCGAGGUGGGCCGUUCUGCCGUGACGGGGCCCGGGGAGUUCUGGAUGCAGGUGGAUGACUCCGUGGUGGCCCAGAACAUGCAUGAGACCAUCCUGGAGGCCAUGCGGGCCAUGAGUGAUGAGUUCCGCCCUCGCAGCAAGAGCCAGUCCUCGUCCAACUGCUCUAACCCCAUCAGCGUGCCCCUGCGCCGGCACCAUCUCAACAACCCGCCGCCCAGCCAGGUGGGGCUGACGCGCAGAUCGCGCACUGAGAGCAUCACCGCCACCUCCCCGGCCAGCAUGGUGGGCGGGAAGCCAGGCUCCUUCCGUGUCCGCGCCUCCAGUGACGGCGAAGGCACCAUGUCCCGCCCAGCCUCGGUGGACGGUAGCCCUGUGAGUCCCAGCACCAACAGAACCCACGCCCACCGGCAUCGGGGCAGCGCCCGGCUGCAUCCCCCGCUCAACCACAGCCGCUCCAUCCCCAUGCCGGCUUCCCGCUGCUCGCCUUCGGCCACCAGCCCGGUCAGUCUGUCGUCCAGCAGCACCAGUGGCCAUGGCUCCACCUCGGAUUGUCUCUUCCCACGGCGAUCUAGUGCUUCGGUGUCUGGUUCCCCCAGCGAUGGCGGUUUCAUCUCCUCGGAUGAGUAUGGCUCCAGUCCCUGUGAUUUCCGGAGUUCCUUCCGCAGUGUCACUCCGGAUUCCCUGGGCCACACCCCACCAGCCCGCGGUGAGGAGGAGCUAAGCAACUAUAUCUGCAUGGGUGGCAAGGGGCCCUCCACCCUGACCGCCCCCAACGGUCACUAUAUUUUGUCUCGGGGUGGCAAUGGCCACCGCUACGCCCCAGGAACAGGCUUGGGCACGAGUCCAGCCUUGGCUGGGGAUGAAGCAGCCAGUGCUGCAGAUCUGGAUAAUCGGUUCCGAAAGAGAACUCACUCGGCAGGCACAUCCCCUACCAUUACCCACCAGAAGACCCCGUCCCAGUCCUCAGUGGCUUCCAUUGAGGAGUAUACAGAGAUGAUGCCUGCCUACCCACCAGGAGGUGGCAGUGGAGGCCGACUGCCGGGACACAGGCACUCCGCCUUCGUGCCCACCCACUCCUACCCAGAGGAGGGUCUGGAAAUGCACCCCUUGGAGCGUCGGGGGGGCCACCACCGCCCAGACAGCUCCACCCUCCACAGUGAUGAUGGCUACAUGCCUAUGUCCCCAGGGGUUGCCCCAGUGCCCAGCAGCCGAAAGGGCAGUGGAGACUAUAUGCCCAUGAGCCCCAAGAGUGUGUCUGCCCCACAGCAGAUCAUCAAUCCCAUCAGACGCCAUCCCCAGAGAGUGGACCCCAAUGGCUACAUGAUGAUGUCUCCCAGCGGAGGCUGCUCUCCUGACAUUGGAGGUGGCCCCAGCAGCAGCAGCAGCAAUGCCGUCCCUUCCGGGAGCAGCUAUGGAAAGCUGUGGACAAACGGGGUAGGGGGCCACCACUCUCAUAUCUUGCCUCACCCCAAACCCCCAGUGGAGAGCAGUGGUGGUAAGCUCUUACCUUGCACAGGUGACUACAUGAACAUGUCACCAGUGGGGGACUCCAACACCAGCAGCCCCUCCGACUGCUACUAUGGCCCUGAGGACCCCCAGCACAAGCCAGUCCUCUCCUACUACUCAUUGCCAAGAUCCUUUAAGCACACCCAGCGCCCUGGAGAGCCGGAGGAGGGUGCCCGGCAUCAGCACCUCCGUCUUUCCACUAGCUCUGGUCGCCUUCUCUAUGCUGCAACAGCGGAUGAUUCUUCCUCCUCCACCAGCAGUGACAGCCUGGGUGGGGGAUACUGUGGGGCUAGGCUGGAGCCCAGCCUUCCACAUCCCCACCAUCAGGUUCUGCAGCCCCAUCUGCCUCGAAAGGUGGACACAGCUGCUCAGACCAAUAGCCGCCUGGCCCGGCCAACGAGGCUGUCCCUGGGGGAUCCCAAGGCCAGCACCUUACCUCGGGCCCGAGAGCAGCAGCAGCAGCAGCAGCAGCCCCUGCUGCACCCUCCAGAACCCAAGAGCCCAGGGGAAUAUGUCAAUAUUGAAUUUGGGAGUGAUCAGCCUGGCUACUUGUCUGGCCCGGUGGCUUCCCACAGCUCACCUUCUGUCAGGUGUCCAUCCCAGCUCCAGCCAGCUCCCAGAGAGGAAGAGACUGGCACUGAGGAGUACAUGAAGAUGGACCUGGGGCCGGGCCGGAGGGCAGCCUGGCAGGAGAGCACUGGGGUCGAGAUGGGCAGACUGGGCCCCGCACCUCCCGGGGCUGCUAGCAUUUGCAGGCCUACCCGGGCAGUGCCCAGCAGCCAGGGUGACUACAUGACCAUGCAGAUGAGUUGUCCCCGUCAGAGCUACGUGGACACCUCGCCAGCUGCCCCUGUAAGCUAUGCUGACAUGCGGACAGGCAUUGCUGCCGAGGAGGUGAGCCUGCCCAGGGCCACCAUGGCUGCUGCCUCCUCAUCCUCAGCAGCCUCUGCUUCCCCGACUGGGCCUCAAGGGGCAGCAGAGCUGGCUGCCCACUCGUCCCUGCUGGGGGGCCCACAAGGACCUGGGGGCAUGAGCGCCUUCACCCGGGUGAACCUCAGUCCUAACCGCAACCAGAGUGCCAAAGUGAUCCGUGCAGACCCACAAGGGUGCCGGCGGAGGCAUAGCUCUGAGACCUUCUCCUCAACACCCAGUGCCACCCGGGUGAGCAACACAGUGCCCUUUGGAGCAGGGGCAGCAGUAGGGGGCGGUGGCGGUAGCAGCAGCAGCAGCAGCGAGGAUGUGAAACGCCACAGCUCUGCUUCCUUUGAGAAUGUGUGGCUGAGGCCUGGGGAGCUUGGGGGAGCCCCCAAGGAGCCAGCCCAACUGUGUGGGGCUGCUGGGGGUUUGGAGAAUGGUCUUAACUACAUAGACCUGGAUUUGGUCAAGGACUUCAAACAGCGCCCUCAGGAGUGCACCCCUGAACCGCAGCCUCCCCCACCCCCACCCCCUCAUCAACCCCUGGGCAGCGGUGAGAGCAGCUCCACCCGCCGCUCAAGUGAGGAUUUAAGCGCCUAUGCCAGCAUCAGUUUCCAGAAGCAGCCAGAGGACCGUCAGUAGCUCAACUGGACAUCACAGCAGAAUGAAGACCUAAAUGACCUCAGCAAAUCCUCCUCUAACUCAUGGGUACCCAGACUCUAAAUAUUUCAUGAUUCACAACUAGGACCUCAUAUCUUCCUUAUCAGUAGAUGGUACGAUGCAUCCAUUUCAGUUUGUUUACUUUAUCCAAUCCUCAGGAUUUCAUUGACUGAACUGCACGUUCUAUAUUGUGCCAAGCGACAAAAAAAAAAAAAAAAAAAGCACUGUGACACCAGAAUAAUGAGUCUGCAUAAACUUCAUCUUCAACCUUAAGGACUUAGCUGGCCACAGUGAGCUGAUGUGCCCACCACCAUGUCAUGAGAGAAUGGGUUUACUCUCAAUGCAUUUACAAGAUACAUUUCAUCUGCUGCUGAAACUGUGUAUGACAAAGCAUCAUUGUAAAUUAUUUCAUACAAAACUGGUCAGGUUGGGUAGAGAGAGUAUUAAAUAUUUAACAUAGGUUUUGAUUUAUAUGUGUAAUUUUUUAAAUGAAAAUGUAACUUUUCUUACAGCACAUCUUUUUUUUGGAUGUGGGACGGAGGUAUACAAUGUUCUGUUGUAAAGAGUGGAGCGAAUGCUUAAAACAAGGCUUAAAAGAGUAGAAUAGGGUAUGAUCCUUGUUUUAAGAUUGUAAUUCAGAAAACAUAAUAUAAGAAUCAUAGUGCCAUAGAUGGUUCUCAAUUGUAUAGUUAUAUUUGCUGAUACUAUCUCUUGUAAUAUAAACCUGAUGUUGAGCUGAGUUCCUUAUAAGAAUUAAUCUUAAUUUUGUAUUUUUUCCUGUAAGACAAUAGGCCAUGUUAAUUAAACUGAAGAAGGAUAUAUUUGACUGGGUGUUUUCAAGUGUCAGCUUAAAAUUGGUAAUUGAAUGGAAGCAAAGAAGAGGAAAUCAAAGUCUUCCAUUGCAUAUAUUGUAAACAGAAGGAGAUGGGUGAUUCCUUCAAAUCAAAAACUCUCCUUGGAAUGAACAAUGUGGGUGUUUGUAAAUUCUGGAAAUGUCUUUCUAUUCAUAAUAAACUAGAUACUGUUGAUCUUUU